AGUACUGAGGAUUUGUUGACUGUUGAACUUUUAAAAGAAACGAACCUAUCUGUAAGCUCUAGGUACAAUUUACGAUAUCUCUGCCGAUUGCAGUCAUGCUGAGUAGAAGUUCUAGACAGCUUUGCAGAGUUUUGCUGUGUACUUUUGCUUUGCCUAAAUGGCGAUGUCAUAGCGCACAGGGACAGAUUCCAAGUCAGGUUCUGGAUUCUUUUCGUGCUGUGGUAGGAAAUGAUAACGUGAGUACUGGAACUUCUGUCCGGGCACAGCAUGGGCGAGAUGAGUCAGUUCACAGUUGUAGGCCUCCUGAUGCUGUUUUAUGGCCAAAAUGUGUGGAGGAGGUUAGUGAGCUUGCAAGGAUUUGCCAUAGGCACAGCCUUCCUAUCAUCCCUUUUGGCACAGGCACUGGCUUAGAAGGGGGAGUUGUGGCUAUGAACGGAGGUGUAUGCUUUGAUCUACUCAAGAUGGAUAAAAUCCUUAACUUACAUGAGGAAGAUUUUGAUGUCACUGUUGAACCAGGUGUAACCAGGACUGCCCUUAAUAGAUAUCUCAGAGACAGCGGCCUCUGGUUUCCUGUGGACCCAGGAGCAGAUGCAUCUCUUUGUGGGAUGGCUGCUACCAGUGCAUCUGGGACUAAUGCAGUCCGUUAUGGAACCAUGAGGGAGAAUGUUUUGAACUUAGAGGUUGUGCUUUCAGAUGGUUCAGUCAUUCACACAGCAGGGAAAGGACGUCGUGCAAGAAAGACAUCAGCAGGCUACAACCUUACUAAUCUGUUUGUUGGAUCAGAGGGGACACUUGGCAUUAUUACUAAAACUACACUCCGCUUGUAUGGCAUUCCAGAAACAAUUGUUUCAGCAGUUUGCUCCUUUCCAUCUGUUCAAGCAGCUGUAGAUAGUACUGUGCAAAUUUUACAAUGUGGAAUCCCAAUUGCCAGAAUAGAAUUUCUGGAUGAUGUGAUGAUUGAUGCUUGCAAUCGCUAUAGUAAGCUGACAUACCCUGUCACUCCUACACUGUUUCUUGAAUUUCAUGGAAGUGAAUGUAGCUUAGAAGAACAAGUCACAGCAACAGAAGAGAUCACCAAAUCAAAUGGAGGUUCUGAAUUCAGCUGGGCAAGAGACCAAGAGAUGCGAAAUCAACUGUGGAAAGCACGACAUAAUGCUUGGUAUGCAGCAUUAGCUUUAAGGCCUGGCUGCCAGGGCUAUGCCACAGAUGUAUGCGUUCCUAUUUCAAAACUUCCACAGAUUGUCAUGGAAACAAAAAAAGAUCUAGAAAAGCAUGCGCUUACAGGUCCAAUAGCUGGUCAUGUAGGAGAUGGGAAUUUCCACUGUCUUAUGGUCUUUAAUUCUGCAGACCUUGAGGAAGUGCAACAAGUUCACGAAUUUACAAAGCGCUUGGCUAGACGAGCACUGGCAUUAGAUGGAACUUGCACAGGAGAGCAUGGUGUGGGGCUUGGUAAAAAGCAACUGCUGCAUGAAGAAGUAGGCCAUACAGGAUUAAAAGUAAUGGAAAAAAUUAAGACUGUUCUGGAUCCUCAAAACCUGAUGAAUCCUGGAAAAAUUAUUUAAUUAUUGCCAACUUUAAUUUGAAGUUAAUAAUAUAUAAAGUGUAUCUUGGACAAUAGUUUUUCUUCAUGUUUCUGAGUCAUAUUCUGCUUUGGUCAAUGCUUCUCUAGACCUCUCAAUUAAGGCAAUAUAUUUAUGGUGAUUUUUGUGUGUAUGUGCUCCAAGGUUAUUAUAGUUUUGCCUUUUUAUAUUAGUUUUUAUUUCUAUAUUU